GGUCGUAUAGUGAUUUUUUGGCGGCAAGGUUGGUUACUUGAAGUAUUCUGCUGCAGACCACAUUCAACUGUUUGUGUUUUGGACGACGGACGACAUAAACAUGUGUAGAAGUUAGGUUAUAUAGGUUGUGAAGAUAAGUUUGGAAAUUGCCUCCUUAGAUUGAAAAAGCUGGAUACACUCCCAUCUUGAUCUGUCAGAAUUGAUAUACGUCUCUUAAAAUGGAGAACAAGGAAGAACCUAAGACCACAGAUGUUGUGGAGGAUGCGUGGAAAAUGGUUCCACCCCCCUUCAAGCAAGGGGAUAUGAAACAUACUUUAGUUGAUGAAAGUUCGUUUGCAACACUCUUCCCCAAAUAUCGUGAGCAAUAUUUGAAACAGUGCUGGCCUCUUGUUCAAAAGAAAAUGGAAGAUUUCGGUAUUGUGGCAGAACUUGACUUACUUGAAGGAAGUAUGACAGUGAAAACAACAAAGAAUACAUGGGAUCCAACAAUGAUCUUGAAAGCACGAGAUCUGAUUAAGCUUCUCUCUCGAUCUGUUCCCUUUGAGCAAGCUGCCAGAGUAAUGGAGGACGAAAAUGGAUGUGAUAUAAUCAAAAUUGGGUCAAUGGUUCGUAACAAAGAAAAGUUUGUCAAGAGACGUCAGCGUUUGAUUGGACCCAAGGGAUGUACACUAAAAUCCAUUGAACUUUUAACGGGCUGCUAUGUUUUGGUUCAAGGAAACACUGUUGCAGCAUUAGGACCCUAUCGAGGUUUAAUUGAAGUUCGCAAAGUUGUUGAAGACACAAUGCGCAAUAUACACCCAAUCUAUAAUAUCAAGGCAAUGAUGAUAAAGAGGGAAUUAAAGAAGGAUCCAAAGUUGGCAAAUGAGAGCUGGGAUCGAUUUCUUCCUAAAUUUACUGGAAAGAAUGUCAGCAAGCCCAAACCUAAAAAGACCAAGCCGAAGAAACCUUAUACACCAUUCCCACCAGCACAACCUGAGUCCAAGGUUGAUCAACAACUCAGAUCAGGAGAAUAUUUCCUUAAAAAGGAUGAAGUCAGAGAAAAUUGGAUGCGGAAGAAAAAGGAAAAACAGGCAGAGGCUGAGAAGAAGCGCCAGGAAAGGAGAGCAGAAUCCUUUGUCGCACCAGAAGAAUCAGCUGCAUCAAGUUCAAAGGGUUCUAAGAAGGCUUCUAAUGAUGUGGAUGUUGAGGCUUUGAAGAAAAAAGUCAAACUGGCCAACAAAAAGAGAAAAAAUUUCAAUGUGUAGCUGUGAUUAUUCUUUAUUACUAUUAUUAUUUUUUUGUGAUAUGCAAUGUAUGAUGUCUCUUUGUGCCUCUAGGCUGAGAUUUGUGAGUUCAUUUUGGGAUCAGAAAGAAUAAAUAAUACACUAUACCAAA